GAGAACUUAAAGGCGCGUAUUUUAAGUAGUUUUCCUUACAGGCGCUUCGUCCAGUUGUCAUGACUACCAGCGCCUGGGUUGAUAAAGUCAAAGCUGCCAAGGCAACUUUGCUGAUUCAAGAUGAAAGACGAAAAAUCCAUUUCCAGUUUCCUGAUGGAUUAGAAAUGGUUGAGGAGUAUGACUUGUCCACUCAUAACCUGCUGAGUCGCAAAUUGAAAAAGAAAAGCAUUUUAGGUGGUGAUGGAGUUUGGGAGUGUGAAGUUGGUGAACCAAUAAUAACAAGGAAUCAGUUUUUGGAACCUAUAAUUGAGUCAUCUCAAACUCCAUUAUUUAGUCGUAUCGAUACUUCUAAUGCAUUUCAAUGGCGAGUACGUAAUUUACCUUAUCCAUUGGAAGUGUAUAAAGUUACAAUUGAAGAUGAAAGUAUCGUUUUGCAGACGACCAAUAAAAAAUAUUACAAAAAGUUUGUUAUCCCGGAUAUGAUACGACAGGGUUUGUCUUUAAAUGAAAAAUCUAUUACACUAAGUCACGCAAACAAUACACUUUUGAUAUCGUACAAGAAGCCAAACGAGGUCUUGGAGAAUGAAAAGUCAAUUAAGCAGUAUCUACGUUCAUUGAAACCAAUAGAGAAAGAGGAAGAUUGCAAGAUAUCCUGAUCAGUAGUUGUACUUUGUUUCGGAAACACAGUCAUCGCAUUUGUUACUUCACUUCCUGAAAAAAGGGUGAUGUAUAAGCCAUCCGAGUUAUUUUCAUUAGUUGGAGAGUGUUUAAGUCUUUGUAUAAAUAUUUAUUGUCACAUUUCCAGACAUCAGAAUAAAAGUGAGUGGGUCGAGUGUAAUUAAUAAACUAUGUUCAUGAUAUC